UCGCGCAGCAGCGAACGAGAUCCCGCACUCUCCCAGCGGGGCUUCCUCUCGCCGCACCGCCAGCCUGUCUCACCAAAGAUGGCGAUUUGCUGAGUGCUCAUGGAGACGCACAUUUGGCGGCUAGCUUUUAUCCCGCCCGUAACCUCCACUUUUUAAAACAAAUUAACCGACGCUCAACCCUCGGAAACAACACGCGGUUUCCAACCAUGAAGAUCAUACUCAAAACACUGCAACAGCAGACCAUUCAAAUUGAGAUAGACGCCGAACAAACGGUAAAAGCCUUAAAAGAGAAGAUAGAAGCGGAGAGGGGAAAAGACAACUUUCCCGUGUCUGGACAGAAGCUGAUAUAUGCUGGGAAGAUUCUUCAAGAUGACACGCAAAUUAAGGACUAUAAAAUUGAUGAGAAGAAUUUUGUCGUGGUGAUGGUGUCCAAGGUUAAGCCUGCAGCUGCGGCCGCGGAGCCUCUUGCUUCGGAAGCCCCCAAACUCCCUGCCCAGGAUGCUGGUUCAACGUCAACAUCUGUCCCGGCCUCAACCCCACCAUCAGCUCCAGCCUCGACUCCCGCAGCUAUCCUCACACCUCCCGAGGAGACCAAGGAGGAGCCAAGUCCUACAGCAACAGAAACCCAACAACCAGCCAGUUCCAGUGGAGGUGGCCAGGGUUUGGACGCAUCAUCUGCAUUAGUGACUGGAGCAGAGUAUGAAGCAAUGUUAACCGAGAUCAUGUCUAUGGGUUAUGAGAGGGAGAGAGUGGUAGCAGCACUACGGGCCAGCUUCAACAACCCUCAUAGAGCUGUGGAGUACCUUCUUACUGGUCUACCUAGCAGUCCGAUCCAAGAGACGAACCCUCCUGCGUCCACUCCAGCGUCUGGACCCACUGAAGCUCCGUCUCUAGCAGAAGGUGAAACUUCACUGCAGACUCUUAUUUUUCCUGUUGAUCUCACGUUCUAGAAUUCCCUCACUUGUGAA